GGCUUCGCGAGAAGCGGCGCUGUUUUGCCGGCUGAGGCUCCUCCUGCUGCUCCUGCUCCUGGCUCUCGCCGGCAGAGGCCCGAGUGAGGAGGAGGCGGAGGGAAGGGAGCGGCUGCCGGCCAGUUGCCGGUGUUUCCCUUCGGAGGCGCCGCCGCCGCCGCCGCCGCCGCCAUCGCCAUGGCCAUGGCCAUGCCGGGGUCCCGUGCGUGCGGCGUGUGCGGGGGCUCCGAGAUCGAGGUGGACUCCGCCCGGGGCGACGCGGUCUGCACGGGCUGCGGGUCGGUGCUGGAGGACAACAUCAUCGUCUCCGAGGUCCAGUUCGUGGAGAACAGCGGCGGAGGGUCCUCGGCCGUCGGGCAGUUCGUCUCCCUGGACGCUGCAGGGAAGACACAAACAGUUGGAGGAUUUCAUGUCAACUUGGGAAAGGAAUCACGGGCACAGACUCUGCAAAACGGAAAACGUCAGAUUCAUCAUUUGGGAAACCAGCUUCAGCUUAAUCAGCACUGCCUUGAUACUGCCUUCAACUUCUUCAAGAUGGCAGUGAGCAAGCACUUAACCCGUGGGAGGAAGAUGACCCAUGUCAUAGCAGCCUGCCUCUACUUGGUGUGUAGGACAGAAGGCACCCCACACAUGCUGCUUGACCUCAGUGACCUCCUUCAGGUGAAUGUCUACGUCCUGGGGAAAACUUUUCUUCUGUUGGCCAGAGAGCUCUGCAUAAAUGCUCCAGCUAUAGAUCCAUGUUUAUAUAUUCCUCGCUUUGCACACAUGCUGGAGUUUGGCGAUAAGAACCAUGAAGUCUCAAUGACAGCUCUGAGGCUCCUGCAGCAGAUGAAGAGAGACUGGAUGCACACGGGGCGACGGCCCUCUGGCCUUUGUGGUGCAGCCAUACUGGAUUGCGGCAGAAUGCAUGAUUUUCGGCGCACUGUGAAAGAAGUCAUCGGGUGAGUUCAGCUGAAGAAAGCAUUACUCCGUAGGAGACUUACAGAGUUUGAAGAUACACCUGCAAGUCAGCUGACAAUAGAUGAGUUCAUGACAAUUGAUUUGGAAGAGGAAUGUGAUCCUCCUUCAUUUACAGCUGGUCAACGAAAGAUGAAGAUUAAGCAGCUUGAGAAGGAGCUGUCAAAAAAGCUGGAAGAGUUAGAAGGUGAAAUAACAAGCUACCAAGAUGAAAUAGAGAUUGAAUUAGAGAAUAGCAGGCCAAAAGCAAAAGGAGUUUAUGCAAAUUACGGUAAAGAUGAUUGUUUGGAAGAUAAUACCUUAAGUAUAUUUGGAGAGGAGGAAGGAGAAGAUGAAGAACUAGAAGCAGCUGCAAAUCAUUUAAACAAGGACUUUUACAGUGAAGUGCUUGAUAAAGACAGAUCACAGGAGAAAGAAAUUUCUGUAAGGCCGCCUGCCCUGGAAUCGCUUCUUGGCCCUCUCCCUACUGCAGCCAGUCUUGGGAUUACAGAAUCUAUAAAAGAGUGUAUAUUAACAAAGGAUCGAGAUCCCAAUGAAAAUACUGGAGAUGGUGAAUUGGAUCUAAGUGGAAUUGAUGAUUCUGAAAUAGAUAUGUAUAUACUUAAUGAUUCAGAAGCCAAAAUAAAAGCAGAACUGUGGAUGAGGGAGAAUGCAGAUUAUUUAAAGGAACAAAAGGAAAAAGAAGCAAGGAUAGCAAAAGAGAAAGAGCUUGGGAUUUAUAAAGAACACAAGCCAAAGAAGUCUGCAAAGAAACGGGAGCUGAUCCAGGCCAGCACAGCGGGAGAGGCGAUUGAAAAAAUGUUGGAACAGAAGAAGAUCUCGAGUAAAAUUAAUUAUAAUGUGUUAAGGGACCUCAACAGCAAAGGAGGGAGCACACCAAAGAAAGAUGAUGACAGCACUGAUGACAGCACCACCACCAAGAAGCUGUCAAGGAGAAAAUCUCUCCCAGCUCGGAAUGUGGCCAGCACUGUGAACAGUGUGGGGAAAAGGUUAAGACCCUUGAUUUCAACACAACUAGCAAAAAAGCCAGCAACUGAAGAGGCAGUCUUUCCAAGUACUCAAGCAGAAGCCCAAGAAGUCGAAAAACCAGCAAAUGUACUGGUAGAAACAGGACCUGUAUCAUACAAUCAUGAGGAGGAUGUGGAAGAAGAAGAAGUUGAAGAAGAGGAGGACCACUGUGUGAGCGCCCUUCAGUUAAUGGGUGGAAAUGAUUAUGGCUGUGAUAUAGAUGACGACGAAGGGUAUUAAACCUGUUUUGACUCUAAACGGAAAUGGUGACAGGAGCUACCUGUUGACUGUAAAGAGAACUCGUCCUAAUGUCUAAACAGAAGCUCUUCCAUUCAUCAUGGACUCUGUUUCAUUUCUCUUGACUAAUAAGCUGGUCCUAGGAUCUAUGGGCUGGCCAUUGGCUUUUGAAUACUUGAAAAGUUUCCAGAUCGUGUUAUGGAACAGGGAUUAAUAGAAACAUUGGCUCCAGAGAACAAAGGACAAGAGCUCAGCUCAAAUGUUGGCCUCUCAGAACUGGAACGUGUUCGUAGCUAACUCUUGAAUCAAGCCACCUUGGUGUGAAGGCGUACAUAGAGGAAGAGCAUAUUCAUCUCUUUCACAAGCAAGACUUGUGCUCCAGUGUUACAUCAAUCUUUCCAUACUUAAAAACAAAAUAAUAAAUAGAACUGGGGAGCAAAUGACA